CCUACUCAGUAGGGUAUAAAUCUUCUACUUAAGUCAGAGAUUAUAAAAUAUGUUGUCGAAAAUAGUUUGUCUGUUUUUUAUUCUCUGUUUUGGUAACAACUUUUGUUCAAGUCAGGAUGAACCGCCAGAGUUAGACACGCCCUUAGGAAGGGUGCGGGGGUACUGGAAGCUAUCGUUAGAUGGGCGGAAGCACGCUGCUUUCGAGGGAAUCCCAUACGCGAAGCCACCCAUAGGCCCCCUCAGAUUCGAGGAACCACAACCUAUUUCACCAUGGAAAGGAAUUUGGGAAGCCAACAGCCCCCAGGUAUGCAUGCAGGCUGAAUUUUUCGGUGCCAGGGACAUAAACGGACAUGAAGACUGCCUCUACCUAAACGUGUAUGUCGCAGCUGAGUUCCUGGAGGAGCCAAAGGAGCUCGAUGUGGUGGUAACAGUCCACGGGGGUGCCUUUAUGGUCGGUAGCGGACAAAGCGUGACUGAUUCAAGGAUGUUGAUGGAUAGAGAUAUUGUCCUCGUCACUUUUAACUACAGACUUGGAAUUCUGGGUUUUCUUAGCACUGAAGACGACGUCAUACCCGGCAACAACGGCCUGAAGGACCAAGUCCUAGCCUUGAAGUGGGUCAAGGACAACAUCGCUUCGUUCGGGGGGAACCCCCACUCCGUCACCUUGGCCGGCUUAUCAGCUGGAGGGGCCAGCGUCCACCUUCACUAUUUUUCCUCCCUCUCUAACGGGCUGUUUGUCAGGGGUAUUUCGCAGAGCGGCACAGCCCUAGCACCGUGGGUGAUCAGGAAGAAGGCUUUGGAACGUGCCAAGAAACUCGCAGUUUUGGUGGGCUGUCCCGACAGUCCCUCGGAAGAACUGAAGAAGUGCCUUAAGGGGAAACCAGCCACGACCUUGUAUCGGCAGUUGACGCAUUUCUACGGUAUUGGAAAUUUGCCGUUGUCGCCUUUCGCGCCAGUGGUGGAAACGGGAUCACCGAAUGCUUUCCUUGAUGAAGAACCUUACCAACUUUUGAAGGAAGGCAGGGUUAUUGACGUGCCCUGGAUCACUUCUUUCGCUACUGAGGACGGACUGUUACCUUCUGCUUUCUUCUGGUCGGAAUUGGAGAAGAUAGACCAAUACUGGUUGGAAAUAGCACCGUUCCUGCUGGAUUACAACGAAACCGUGCCAGAAACGAGGAAAGAGGAGAUACCUAGGGAAAUUUUGGACCACUAUUUAGGAGAAGGGGGGAAAAUCAACAAGGAGAACUUCAAAAAAGUUACUAAGAUUUUCACCGACAGACUGUUUGCGCUACCAGCGGAACUGGCGGCAAAACUCCAAGCCAAAGUAAAUAAGUCGCCUGUGUACUUUUACGUAUUCAAUUACAGCGAAGGCGAAAUCAAAAUGAUUCAGUUAUACAGCAGAUCCCAAGAACUGCAAGGUGUGGCUCACGGGGAAGACGGUCUCUACUUCUAUUCGUUCAUAUCAUCAAAACCAAUGUCAGAGAAAGACGGACGCUUGAGGGUCCUCUGCCAGGACAUGCUGUACUCCUACGCGACCACUGGUAAACCGUCAUUCGAUGACACCGACACCUGGCAGCCAACGGGAUCUGAAGAGUUGACUUACUUGACUGUAACGGGACCUGACGAUAUAAAGCUGGAAAGGACUAAGGGCCUGACACCUAUUGAUUUUUGGAGCAAGCUGGGACUCUUGGAAAAUGAACACAUUACUGUGAAGGACGAAUUGUAAACAUUUUUUAUUUGUUUUAUAGAUGUUUCAUAAAAACACUCAAGAAACGAA